GGCGCAUGCCCGGAAACAAACUGCUCCAGGGCUCCAAUGCAGUUAUAUGCAUUACCUAUAAUUCAUAAUACACAGCGCCAAGAUUACCGGGCAGGCCUAUCUGCUCGUCCCACUUUGUCCAGCUCUUUGCAGCUCUCACAUGUCUGCCGAUCGAGGGCAUUUGGUCAUUGCCCUAAGCAUGUACCGGCUACAUGCCCCGAACAGCCUAGCGCGCAGCAUCUCACGGCCACGUUCCAGGUAGCGGCGACAUGGAGCUCUCGCAGGGCGGUCAUGCCGGGCAGGCGCACGCACAAACCUGACGCCACCGAGCCACUCAGCUCUGCUUUUAAUCUUCCUUGUUUCUCCCUCCCUCUUCGCCUUGCCUUGCCUGUUCUCGUCUCCUUAGCAUCGUUUCACGUCGUCCUAUUUACGCCUUUGCUCUCGCUGUUUCAUCUCCAAUUUGCUCUGCAUCUCGACCCUUGCCCAGGAUUCCCAUGGACGGUCUACUCUUCGAUACCCUCACCAAGCUAGCAUCCGAAGCACUCGCAAGCAACCUACGAUCCUACAGAAGCAAGCGAAAACUGACGUGACGUCGCCCGUGUUUUCACCUAACCUGGUCGAAUCGAAGGGGAGAGCAAAAGACUGGCUACUGAGGGCUGCAGAAGUGGAAUAGUGGGACGUUGGAUUCCAUACUUCUCCCUACUC